AUGUCGAAGCGCAGUGCUCCUGUAACCGAGCUUCGAGUAGAGUCGUUGCUGAAGGAGCCCAGUGCGGUUGUGGGUUCCUUUUUCAAUGGUUUAUCGAUUCCAAAUAACGCCAAAUUCGAUUUGUACAAGCACAAACGGUCUGACGAAUACGCUAUUCAUGGUGAAACAGACACCUUAGACUAUAACGGAGAGUCUGAGGGAGGAUCCAGAAUGAACGAUUACAUAGUGGGACUCUAUGACCCCGUGAAAAAGAACGUCCAGUUGUAUAGAGCGCCAUUGGUUGUGGGAAGAGUAACUGCUCGCUCAAAGAGAUCAUACAAAGGACCUCGAAUUAAGCUGGUAGGCACCAAGAAUGUCCAACAAAGGAAUGCCUUGGGUGAAGCAUUCGGUACCAAAAAGGCCAAGGCUGCCAUCACCAACUAUGAAAAGAACAAAAUCGACGCUGAUAAACUUCAAGAUGUGGAGAUGGAUAUUAUUGAAAACGUCAAAGAAAGUACACAGACUCUUCCCACUCACGAGGAGAUCCAACAGGCUUCCGUGGAGGAGCGUCCUACCCCAAAGGCAAAUGUGGAAGCAACUUCCGUGGAAGAUAUUUAUCCUAUCAGUGGUAUUAUAACCGACCGAGAAAUGGCUUUGAUUCGGGUCAAUGGGGUCUUGGAAGAAGAGGACAUUGGACGUCGGUUGGAGAGCUUGCCAUAUGCAAAGUCUACCUAUGUCAACGACCGCUUGGCCAAGUAUAUUGCUUCCAAUGAUAUUGAGAAGCUCCAGCUCUUAUACUAUGCUUCUUUGCUCUUUGGAGUGCAUGAAAACCGCAGGGUCAAAGAUAAAGAGACGCUUAUGACCAGAUUACUCAACCGAGUGCCCGAGGGACUCGUAGACGGAAUUUUGGCCAAAUUCACCAUUGCUAGGUCGUCGCAAUUUGGUAAGUCAAAAGACAGAUCUUUCAUGAUCGACCCUGCUCACGAAGACAAAUUGUUGUGUUACCUUUUGGCGUUGAUUCUUCACAUAGACAGCUUCAUGGUGGAUCUCACGCCAUUGGCUCACGAAUUGAACUUGAAACCAACGAAGCUUUCCAGUCUUUUCAAAGCGUUGGGUGCAACCAUCAAGGCACCUUCGGUCGCCCAGGCCCAAGCACUCAACAUAUCCAAGAGCGCUGCUGCCAGCCACAAAAUAGCCACUUUGAAAGUGCCGUUCAAGCUCCCGGAGAUGGUUCGGAGAGGCAAAAGACGCUAG